GAAGAGAGCGAGGGAGGGAGAGAAGAGGAGGAGGGGAACGACACAGACGGGGGAGAAUUCUUCUGUGAGGAAUUCGCUUUUUAAUGAGAAAGCGGAUCGCCGCGGCGCACUGAAGAGACGCAGGCAGCGUAGAAAGAAAAGGGUAGACCCCAAACAAUAAAAUAAAAAUAAAAAACAAGAAGGCGAAAGCAGAGCGCGGACGGGGGGCAAACGCGACAAGCAGGAGAUAAGGGGAUUACAAACACCCGUAACUGAGAAAUAAAGAACUAAACAGGCGAUUUGAUGGUGUCUCCACACAGAAGUCAUCUAACGGACCGUAUCGAGGGGAGGAAUUUAAAUGCGCUCGGAUAAACCAUGCACAAUCUGUGGCUUCUAACUUUGGCGUUCAGUUUUCACAAAGUGUGGACGGCGAGGUUCUCCCAGGAGCCUGCGGACCAGUCUGUGGUGCUGGGGGAGAGGGCGGUCCUCUCCUGCGUGGUCUUUAACUACUCUGGCAUCGUGCAGUGGACCAAGGAUGGGCUGGCACUGGGCAUCGGAGAGGAUCUCCGCGCCUGGCCCAGGUACCGCGUGUUGCGUAGAGUGGAAGCAGGGCAGUAUAACCUGGAGAUUUCUUCAGCCGAGCUUUCAGACGACUCCCUGUACGAGUGCCAAGCUACAGAGGCAGCGCUGCGCUCUCGAAGAGCCAAGCUCACCGUCCUCAUUCCUCCAGAUGAGCCGGUGAUAGACGGGGGUCCUCAGAUCCUGCUGACGGCCCAGGUCCCCUAUAACCUGAGCUGUGUGUCCCGCGGAGCCAAGCCUCCCGCCACCAUCGAGUGGCUCAAAGAUGGAGUACCACAGGAGGGUGCCUUCAGCGUCACUGAGGUCUUGGCAGACAGGAAGAGAGUGACGACGCGUAGCUUCCUUCCUGUCCUGCCUGUGGACACAGACACAGGCCGCAACUUCACCUGUGUCACCAGUAACCUGGCCAUACCUACGGGCAAGCGCACCACAGUGUCUCUCAAUGUGCACCACCCCCCCACGGUGACACUGUCCAUUGAGCCUCGCUCUGUGCUGGAGGGGGAGAGGGUCACCUUCACCUGCCAGGCCAACGCCAACCCCCCCAUCAUGGGCUACAGGUGGGCGAAGGGGGGCGUGCUGCUGGAGGGGGCGAGGGAGAGCGUCUUCAUGACGACGGCGGAUCACUCCUUCUUCACGGAGCCCGUCUCCUGCCAGGUGUUCAACGCCGUGGGCAGCACCAACGUCAGCAUCCUGGUGGAUGUGCACUUUGGUCCAGUCCUAGUGGUGGAGCCCCGCCCCCUCACUGUAGACAUCGAUUCUGACGUCACACUCAACUGCAAGUGGGCUGGUAACCCCCCCCUCACCCUGACCUGGACCAAAAAGGGCUCUAACAUGGUACUCAGUAAUAAUAAUCAGCUCUACCUGAAGUCGGUGAGCCAGGCGGACGCCGGUCAGUACGUGUGCAAAGCCAUCGUCCCACGCAUCGGCGUCGGGGAAACGGAGGUCACGCUCACCGUGAACGGUCCGCCGAUUAUCUCCAGCGAUUCGGUCCAGUACGCCGUCAGAGGGGAGAGAGGGGAGGUCAAGUGCUACAUCGCCAGCACCCCUCCCCCGGACAAGAUCGUGUGGGCGUGGAAGGAGAACGUGUGGGAGAAGGAGAAGGGCACGCUGCUGGAGAGGUACACGGUGGAGCAGAGCAAGCCGCACUCGCAGGGAGGAGCCGUGCUCUCCACCCUCACCAUCAACAACGUGAUGGAGUCCGACUUCCACUCGCCCUACAACUGCACCGCCUGGAACGCCUUCGGGCCCGGAACCAUGAUCAUCACCCUGGAGGAGACCGAGAUUGUGCCGGUGGGGAUUAUCGCGGGCAGCACUGUGGGCUCCUCCAUCCUCCUGCUGCUCUGUCUGCUGGCUCUGGCACUCUUCCUGUACCGCCAACGCAAAGGCAGUCGACGGGGGGUGACCCUGGGGAAGCCGGACAUCAAGGUGGAGACGGUCAACAAGGAGACGCACAACCUGGAGGACGACGCCUCCACCGUCUCCACGGCGACGCGCAUGGUCAAGGCCAUGUAUUCUUUUUUGCCCUCUGUUUCCCUCUCUCCUUCCACUCAGCCCUUCAAGGACGACAUGGAGCUCAAGCAGGAUCUCCGCAGCGACACACUGGACACGCGCGAGGAGUACGACCUCAAGGACCCCACUAACGGCUACUACAAUGUCCGCGCCACCACCCACGAAGACGCCCGGCCCUCCUCCCGCUCGAUGCUCUACCCGGACUACCGAACGACCAACCCCGCGGGCACCGCGGGCGGGGCAGGGGGCGGGGCCGGGGUGGGAGCGAGCGCGGCGGCCGCCGGGGGCGGAGCCGGAGGCGGGGCGAGGGGGGGCUGCUUCGACCCCCGCCCCCCGUCCCGGCUGUCGCACAGCAGCUACGCCCAGUUCAACACCUUCACGCGGGCGGGGCAGCCCCAGCAGGCCCCGCCCAACCCCGCCGCUCAGACCGCCGAGUUCCCGGGGGACUGCGGCCUGCUGGAUUCCUCCGCCCAGCUGGCCUACGACAGCUACGGCCCCACGCACUACCCCUACCGCCUGGGCUUCGCCCCGCCCAUGGAGGGCGGCCCGUCCUACGAAAUGUACGGGGCCGGGGCGGGGUCAGAGACUGUGCUGGGGAAGUACGGGACCUCCGCCCGCUUCUCCUACACCUCACCGCCCACCGACUACACCCACAGGCACACACAGAGAAUGCAGACCCACGUGUGAGAGGCACCUACACACACACACACACACACACAAACACACACACACACCCUAUAC